UAUACCGUAACAGGACAAGAAACGUUUAUUGGUACAUCUGGCACAGCAGCAACAGGUAGCUGUACAGGUGAACAAUGUAACCAAGCCAGAGCCAAGUGUUCUUGUGAGUGUGAUUGCGGAGGGACAGACACUAACAACAUAUGGUUUCGAACAACAACUGGUAUUGGCAAAGACUCUGUGAAAGCAUGGACAACUGGAGAUGGGGCAACGAACGAUGUAGGAUGCCGAAAUGUCAGGAAAGAUGGUUGCACACUUCACUACAGAGAUCCACGGAUAGACACGUGGUCUGAACAGAAAAUUUCAAAGGUCCGAUAUUCAAUCUACAAAGAUGGACAAGAGGUUGCCUGGGUGUUGUUCAAUGCUGUUGAUAGCACGAUGGAUAACUGGUUUGACAAGAGCAGAGUAAUUGAUUCUAGUUACACAGAUCUUACAUCUUCGGCGAAAUACAACUUUUUUGCCAUAAACGACCCAAGCUCUGUACUUCACCUUGUGACAAGACAUUGGUAUGUCUCUAACAAUUUCGCUGGUUGUCCUAACGACGACUACUGGUUUGUAACAAUGGAAGGAUCAGGAAACUGCGACUACGACAACUUUGCACAGUAUCCAUAUAUACUGUAUUCAUUGAAGCGAACGAUGGCAAACACUGGUAAUCAAGCAAAUUUUGGCUUUGGUGAUGUUGCUGUGGUGAGAGUAAUACAAGAGAUGUGACCCUUUCGACUGACAAAAUAUAUAGGCCUAUAGUAGACUGCUUCACAUGCUGUUAUAUAUAUAUAUAUAUAUUGAGGAACGUAAAUGUACAUCUUGUAAUGUCCUGGAGGACAAAUUUCAUUUCUGUCAUGGAGUGCAGUUUUUUUCUCAUUUACAUAAGCAAAAUAUAAGAAAAUACUUUUGGCAAAAUCCAAGUAAUUAUUACUGAAAAUGUAACAGAAAUCCAAAAUCUCUUGAUUUACAAGCUUUUCAAUUGAGAAACAGGAAGUCACAUGAAUAUUAUUGUUAGAAACAACAUAGAUAUUUACACCUAGAAAAUUUUAUUAAAGAUCUCGACCCUUGUCCUUACAAUAUAAUAUUUUCUGUCAUUGUUAUAUUGUAUUGUGAAAGGCAAAACAUUUUCAUGUUAAUUUGUCUCUCCGACAAAAAGCAAUUUCUGCGAUUUUGAUACAUAGUAAUUGUGGGUGUUUUUACUUACAGGGUAUUAAAUCGGAAAUGUUUUGCCAUCUUGCCAUGAUUUUGAUAUAAACUGGUUACAUGUAUUUAUCAUGCUAUAUUCACAGAUCUUGUAAGAUUUCAUGCAUAAUAAAGCUUCUUCUGCCAUAUUACAAUUAAUUGGCUUUUAAUGGCUUGACAAAAAUAUAUCACUUAAACUAAUAAAAUAUUAGAAACA